GGAAAGUGAAACUGAAAAUACCAAAACCAGCAUUCUUUACUGAUACAUCACUGCCCUGCGGGAGAUUAUAUCCAGGAUAAAAGACGAAAUAUCAAGGACUUGAAUCUUGACGGAACACCGGCUUUGCGAUAUUUUCACGGUGUCCAGGAUACGGCGCUACCACAACUUUGACUUAAGCAAAAAUUCCAUUGGCAAAUGGCCAGAGGUUGCCCGGCAAAGAAAGACGGCACGCUGAAAGUUAUUCUCUUGGAAAGCUGAUAGCAAUUGAGACCAAGUGUCUGGCAACACAAGAUAAAGACAUGGAAUUUAACAAUUCCAGCAACACUGAAAUUUCUAACUGUCAAGUCUCUAUCGCAGAAAGUGUGAACAAUCUACGCUUUAACAAAAUCGACGAUAAACACGACGUCGACGAUGACGGCCUACAGAUAAUUUUAAAGCACAAUAAAUCACCGAAAAGUGGGCUUUUAAAGUCAAAAUUCAGAACAACUGGUGCUGCACGUAUCGGUCACACAAACUCAUUAUCUGUUCUACAAAAUUCAUCGACGACUGAUUUAACAUAUGAAUCGAACGAUAUUCAAGACCGAGAAGAAACGCCAUUAAUUGGAGAUACAGACCUAUUUUCAUUGCCUGUUGUAAAUAGCUGCGAUAUGCGGGUGCACCAUAUUUCUGAUGGAGUUCCAAGUAUUACAGUACACCAAGAUAGAGAGAAUCGCGUCACAAGUAAACCCUCUACCAAACAAGAGUUGGAUCCCAAUUUCUUGAUGCCAACUGAAGUAAGUGAAUUUAAUAACAGUUAAAACUUUGGGUAUUGUGCAGCUGUUAUUUAAAAUUUAGUCAUUCUGUAGCUAUUAUUUGUAUAACAUAUUAUUUACAGCCACCUGUUAAAAACGUGGCUCAGAGGAGAGUUUAAAGGUUCGGUCCAUUGUUGACAGAUAGCGUUCUAUUGGUCGGACUCCAGAAUUACUCAAAAUGAAAUUAACUGGUUAUUCACUUGUUUAGUGGGAUCCGAUUUUAUUGCACUGUGACAUUUGCCACGAGUGCUGGUAGACUGGACGCGAAAUAAUGAGCGUCUCUGAAGGUACCACGGGGCAUAGAUUUCGUUGCGCUUUUCCAUCAAAUCGCCCGUUUUUUUUCAGGUUUUUUAGGCGAAAUCGCCAGCUCGGACGAUGGAAACGAGAAAACAAGCAAAACAAAAACUCUGAACUUGCGGCACAAUUUUUGGCAGAUCUUUUUGCCGUCAAUGCACGAUUAACGCUGUCAAACGUUAUUAAAAACUAGGCAAUGCAAUCGUCGCUUCAUCAUGGCGAUCUUCGCGACUUCGAUUCCGUCGGAAAUAUCCAUACAGAGGCUCAAUAAUGACAGAGAAGCUAAAUUCCAGUUGCUUCAAGGGCCCCAUCAAAGGAAUCUAAGAACUGAAAACAUAAAUUACAAUACGUUACUCGUGCAUAGAGAAGGUGGAAGUAGCCUGCGAGUACAGCCGUUUCAUCUGUCCUUAGUGGCGAGGAGCAAGGAGAAACGGCUGUAUUCGAUUAAAGCUAACUAAAGGUGGAACGCGACGCGAGUAAAAAGUACAUUAUAUCACGUUUGUAAAUGAUAGUUUACGAAGUUCAUUCAGGUUUAAACUUCACUUAAGUUAAGUUUUUGUUAAUAACUCCUUAUUUUCUUGAUCGAUUAAUUCCUCUCUGAAAAGUUGUAGUUACUUGUCAUAUUGAUUGAUUGGCUUUCGUUAAUUUUAAGUCAAGUGUUGAAGAAGCCAGAUAUAUGCUAGCGUCCAGAAGAAGGUCCUUUCCGUGCAUUGGUCAAAAUAUGCCACGCACGAGUCUUGAUAUGGUGAUAGAAGAGCAGUCAUGUGAAACUCCAGAUGGGGACAAAGGACUGACGUCACUGACUUCUCUUGGGGUUCCGCGGCAUAGAAGCAGGUCACGGAGUCUGGAUAACACCCUGGAAACAAACAACAGUUUUGCUGCCUUCAAGGAAUCUCUUAAGGUUGGUCAUAAAUGCGAUUUGUGUACCAGCUUAUAUAUCGUAUUUUCGCUGUCUGUAGCUAUAGCAACAUGCGGCUUUAACACCAUCACGGCCAGUUCAAGCAUUGCGCGCUAGCAUGCAAAUAACUCGGUCAGGGGGCCAGGAAAAAUAUUGGACGAGGUUGAGCAAAAUAUCUUAAUUUGUCAGUGGCGAGCAGAUCAAUUAUUUGCUAAAGCCGAAGGCCGAGGCAAAUAAUGGAUCCCGAGACACUGGCAAAUCAGCUUGUUUGAUUAUUUGUGAAAUAUCUUUGUUUGUUACGGCAGCAAACCGCGGGAAGCAAUUUUGGUUGUUUGCCUUCGCUCGCUCGAAGGAACUGGAGGUGAAUCACUGAAUAGCACUGGAUAUCCGGAGGUUGAGUAGCCAAUCAGAGCGCGCUAAAAACGCUAUCAGCUGUUUUCUAAAUAGAUUUAGGACCUGUUUACAUGAAGGUGGGGGACCCCUGGCCCCAGAUGCUUUAAUCACCGAAUAAAUCAUUAUCCAGUGGAUUAGCCUGCGUAGCUGGCGGUAUUGUGUAGUAGUGGAGUGAGAUUUGGCGGCGGAGCCGUUGUAAUAUAGUCGAAUGAGAUUUGACGGCGGAGCCAUCACGCCUUUUUUUGGAACAUGGCUCCGCCGCCAAAACUUUAAUCUCGCAUCCACACAAUACCGCCAGCUACGCAGGCUACCAGUGGAUAAGUAUUUGGGAAACCAAUUGCGUUAUCCAGUAGAUAAUGAUUUAUCCGGUGGAUAACGCAUUCCACCUUUUCAACAUCUGGGUCCAGGUAUGUGAGGUAACCGCUAUGUCCAUAUAAUCUCUCAUUUUAAGUUUGAUCACGUUUACAUGAUAGGUAGGGUGACCCGCCACAUGUUGCCUCACCUGUCUGGGGUCCCUCAACUCCAUGUAAACAGGCCCUUAGCCAGGGCUGAAAGCGAAGCUCUCGUUGAUAUUUAUAGUUUCCUCAAACAAAGAAAAAAAAUCGUGAAACGCUGUUCUGCAACGGCAAGGUAAACGACAAAAAAGAUAAGUAGGUCUAACUAGCAAAAACCCCCAACUUUCCUUCCCUGGUCCCAGAGGUUUUUCUUGAUUAUUCUUCGCGAAAGAGAUCAAGAGCAAACCGCGAAGCGGCGACAAGGAGUCGCGAAAGCGACGAGGAGAGAGAGAAAAACCUCUGGUUACCUUGGCCUCGAAUCUCACUUUCAUGCAGACGACAGCUGUCAAACGCGUCAAAUUGCUAAUAAAAAGAGUGACCAAUGGCAACUUAGCAAACACGUGCUUAUCAGCCGCUAUUUUUUAAGUGGGGUAGACCUGGGAAAUUAUGUUAUGAACAAACCAUCUUCACUUGGGUGGUAAAGAGUGAUUUGUUAAUCGGGGUCAAGCUAAAGCAUGUGUUAACGAUGGGCGACAAGAGUCCAGGAAUAAGAAGACCACUUUAUAAAGAAACCGACAUUGUUUCAAACGAAUGCUGCAGGAUUUGCAGAAUUUAUUUGGGUAUAAUAACAAGUAUUUUUCACAAACAUUGUCAUCUGUUCUGUCGGCAGUGUGCCAGCGGGAAGUUGUAAAGUUUGCAAGAGUCUAUCAAUCGCGCUUAUUACAUUGUUUACUUCUGCGGGGCGCGCCGUUCGCGUCGAUUCGCAGGCAUUCCCCUGAAAAUAGUAAUAUUAAUAUGUAUUCUGGCAAUCUGGCUCUCAUUUUGGUUUGGUGGCUCCAUUUCCUUUUUUUGUGGAACAAGGACGCUCGGAAGAGUCAUGCAGCACAACAAACCCUUAAGGUUCGGAAUGUACUUUCAGAGGUUUUUGUUGGCCCAAUAGACCUAUUCGGCUAACUCAAUGUGCCCAAUUCAAACCCUUUGGGAAUAAAACGUUUUGUUUCAGGAAUUUCCAUAUCAUUUAAAUGUGAAUGCCACAUUAUAAUGCAAAUGCAAUACAUAAAGAAUCUUAUCCCCGGGAGAUUUGAAUUGGGUACAACAUUGAGUUAGCCCAAUAGGUCUAUGCCAAAAAUAGCGUCGGUUAGAUUUUUUUUGGGCGUCGCAGGAAAAUCAAGCUGCACCGAAAAUGAUUACGCACUUGGACAAAGUUGUAUGUUUUUUUUCCUACAAGGAAACUUUCAUUCCGUAUUCGGAGAUUUUUUAUUUUGCUGCCCUAAACAAGUUAGUUUAUUUAAUGGAAUGACAGUAUUGUAACAGAAAAUAUACUCCUAUGUCCGGUUGAUAAAAUGGUGAACACAUCCUUUCGACUCAACGCAGCGAACAAAGCUGAAGCGCUCAUUAAGUACCGAGGUCAAAAUUUCUUCGAAUAUUCUUUCAGGAACAACAUCCAUGGCGUGCCUCUACGUGCCUUGGUCCCGUGCAAAUGUUAUUGCGAGUGCAGCAUACAAACAAUUUUCUUCCCUAGUAGAGAGAGGCAAAAUGAGGUGUGAAAAUCCUCAGCGUCCCCUCGGUAGUUACAAUUAAACGAGCCAAUCAAAUUGGUUUGCGCGUUUGAAAAACUAUCAACCAAUCAACGCCCGAGGGUCAGAUCCUGACCCUGUCGUCAGCACGAAAGUAAGAUUCGAGGCCAAGGUAACCAGAGGUUUUUCUCUCUCUCCUCGUCGCUUACGCGACUCGUUGUCGCCGCUUCGCGGCUUGCUGUUGAUCUCUUUCGCGAAGAAAAAUCAAGAAAAACCUCUGGGACCAGGGUACAACUUUGCACGUGUAGCAAAUUUUUUUUUGUACAUUUCUUUGCCGUUGUUUUGCACGUCUUCAAAGUGAAACUUCCAGAAACGUCCUAGUUACACGUUUUAUCGAGGAAAUGUCGUAUAUGUGUUUAUGUUCACUAUUUUUACUGAGUGUCGCUAAUUUUCAUCUUAGUAGCCGCUAGCAUUUCUCGUUUUCUCACCGCCGCUAUAAAACUUUCAUGUUUUUCCUCCAACGAAAUUGGUCUCCUUUGUUUCAAACUCUCACUCUAGCCCUUUCCCUGUUAUCCAUGUCAAUGUAGACGAAAUUUAGUCGAAAGAAAGACUCGGUUUGUUUUUUUCUCUCUCUAUAAGCCUAAGGGUGGUGGGCAUGCGAUUUACAGCCGAAACGCGUGGGUCCUUUAAAUGCAAAUUUCCAGAUCAUGAAAAAACAUCACUCGGGCUGCCAUGAAUGGGUGGACUUACGGACGUACUUACAGACUUACGUAACGACGAUUUUCUUAGAACCAAAAUUUCUCAGUGGAUGCGUAGAUAACAAAAUUUUCUUACACUAUACCCUUGGUGCUACGCCGAGAGUGCAAAAGCUCCCUAAUAAACAUGCACCUUCAUCAGACAACCUAAUAAACCUUGGAUCUUUUCAAGCUUCCACAACGGCUCACCGUCGCCAAGUGUUCCCGAUAUAUAGACAAGUAAAAAAGAUUCAGAUUAUCCUGCCCUUGUAAAUUUGUCAUUGAUCAUACUUGACAUUCGUUUGUAGAGUUAAUUGCAUCCAUCGUUUUCUAAAAACAAUGUGUGGCACUGAAAUUUUCAAACGCUUAGAAGAUUUCUGUUUCUGAUUUCUUUUAGGUUCGAAACGUCAAGAGAAAAGUGCUUGGUACAUGAGAAAAUUGAUCAGGAUGGGUACUCUUUGACCACGAGCUUGGUUAUCAAGCGAUUCAGGCUUUUUACCUUCACCUCUUAACAAGAAUGGAAGCCAUAACCCCGAGUUAGUUAUCAUGCUGUCCGUUUCGUAGAAGCACUGAGAUGCUACAGUCAAGACGAUUGAUCGAGCAGAGAAGAGCCGCUGGUGAACGCUACAAUGCAUAAGGGAUUUUAGUUAUGCCGAAAGAUAUCGUCCAGAAUACGAAACGAGCCCUUUUGUUGGCGUUGUGUGAAUACUAUAAGACACUAUAAACUUUUGGCCACUUUUGGUUAUUGGAACAAUCAUACAGGACAAAACAUUCGUCCAACUAAACUAUUCCUUACAAAAUCUUAUAUCGUUUGCAAUUUAUUUAUUAUUUACUCUGUAACGCGAG